CGUCGUGGAGUGAGGGUGUGCGUCGUUGUGCUCUGUGUUAGCUAACCUAAGUUGAGCCUGUGUUCACAACGUGGGUGUGUCGCACAUUGAUAUGACUGGCACAUAAUUAAACAACCUGUUAUGAGUGUUAUAAGAGAUCCCUGCACAUGUUGCCUUUAAAAUAAUUGUGCAUUUAGGAAAACAAAAUUAAUAAUAGUUUGAGUAGAGCGCCGUCAUUGAGUAUUACAAUAGAAACGAUUAAUGUUUAGAUAGUAAGCACACAUUUUUGGAUGACUUCAACAUCGCACGGUGAUAAUAUUACUAGUGACUAAUAUAAGCGGAUACUUUGAAGACUUCUGAUCUCAGAAUUGAAGAAUCUCCCGGCAUUACAUUAUGGAUGAUGCAAUAGUGGAGCAUGGACAACUACAAGAAUCCUACUUGAGAAGAAAUAACAGCGAAAAACAUCGUUUUGCAAAUUACACAUCAUCAAAAACUACAUUAUCAUCAUCAGUCGCAACUACGAAGCAGCAACAUAGAAGCUUAACUUCAUCACUGCACAAUUCCUCCAGAACCAUGAGACUCACCAAAGCUGGGUCAUGGUUGUGGUUGGUACUGUUAAGUGUGUCAGUGUAUGUGGUGGGGGCGGAGGACAACCGUCCAUGGGUGAGACCGGCGCCCGUGGGGGCGACGCCCACGCCGGCCCCCGAACUGAACUUCAGCGCACAACCCGCUAACACCAGCGUCGUGGAGGGCAGCAUUGCCAUCAUGAAGUGCAAGGCGGUGAGACCAGUUCACCACUGUAGCUGGUACUACAUAGAGACCAACCGCAGCUUCUACGACGAGGGGGCCGAGCCUAAACUUGUCAAGCAGUUCACGCCGUCCAAAGACAACGAUUGUUCCAUCAGGUUCACCAAGGUGCGCAAGGUGCAGGAAGGGCAGUGGCUGUGUCAGACCAGGCGGUACAUGGGCACCACGCUGUACAACACGCGGCCUGCCUACCUGCAGGUCAUAACAGACACUGACGAGCGGGACUACGAGGAGCGCUCAGGCGGCAGCGGCGAUUCCCUCACGCCCAUGUCGUCAGGAGACGAUGACGCGAUAACAACCCGUGACCCUACGGCCCCUACCGCCAUCCCUGCACUGGGGCCUCCACCGUCAUCGGGGCCUUUACCUUUCCCUCCUCACGGACCCUUGAACCCCAAGGUUCCCCCUGCUCUCCCAGGUCCCGACCCCACACAAGAACUUCCCCCUUCAGAAGACAGCGAUGACGACGCUAAGCAUGAGCCUGAAGUCAAGCACGCGCCGCGCUUCAACUACUCCGCUGACGACCACAUCCUCAACACGAGGACGGGGGCUACGGCGACGCUGCCUUGCCACGUCAACGUACACGUCACGUCCUGCGCCUGGGUCAUGCCCAACAGCGCCCUGUUCGUCUGGAACGAAGGUAUGGUCAUGCCCAACAGCGCCCUGUUUGUCUGGAACGAAGGUAGGGUCAUGCCCAACAGCGCCCUGUUCGUCUGGAACGAAGGUAUGGUCAUGCCCAACAGCGCCCUGUUCGUCUGGAACGAAGGUAGGGUCAUGCCCAACAGCGCCCUGUUCGUCUGGAACGAAGGUAGGGUCAUGCCCAACAGCGCCCUGUUCGUCUGGAACGAAGGUUUGGACAUCAUUAUGUUAGGGCUACCUGAGGGCAUCUCUGAUAUUACACCUUAA